GUUUGGACGCUCCCGGAUAUCCUCCCUGACUGGAGUACUGAGUGAUGCGGAUACACUGCAAUAUCCAAAGAGCAACUAUGGGCAACAAAAUUGCAAAGGAUAUCAUAAGGAGAGAUUUUGAAGACUUAAAGAGAGAUUUGGAUGAAGGCAAUAUUCCUAAAGUGAAAGCUGAAUACCACAAAAGCUUAAAUGAAAUGCAAAAUCUGCCCCUUAAUAUCGCAGUUACUGGACAGAGAUCUGGUAAAUCCUCCUUUGUCAAUGCCAUCCGGGGUGUAAAUGAUGAUGAUGAUACGGCAGCCAAGAUUGUGCCAGUAGAAGGAACCAUGGAGCCAAAGGCAUAUGCUCACCCCUGUUUUCCCAAUAUGAAAUUAUGGGACCUUCCAGGAAUUGGAACACCUAAAUUUCAGGCAAUGGAAUAUCUGAAGAAGGUCCAAUUUGAAAAAUAUGAUGUCUUUAUUAUCGUUGUCUCCAAUCGCUUCACUGAAAAUGAUGCUAUGCUGGCAAAGGAAAUACAAAGAAUGGGAAGGAAGUUUUACUUUGUGUGUAGCAAAAUAGAUGCUAGUAUACAAGGUGAAAAGAGGAAAAAAAAUUUCAAUAUGGAGAAAACCCUGGAGACCAUAAGGAAUUACUGCAAAGAUAAUUUGAAAAACUUAGGUGAGCCUUCUGCAAGAGUAUUCCUGAUAUCCAGCUGGGAGGUGCACAUGUAUGAUUUCCCUCUCCUGCAAAAGACAAUAGCCGCUGAACUUCCUGACCACAAGAAGAAUAUUUUAACACUAUCUGUGUAUAUUUUCUCAGAAGAUCAAUUGAUGAAGAAAAAAGAGCUAAUGAAAGCCUAUAUAAAGAAGGUAGCAUUGGUAUCUUGUGCUUGUGGACUGGUGCCUGUCCCGGGAUUGUCUAUGGCUUGUGAUAUUGGAAUUUUGGUAGAUGCUCUGAAAUUUUUCUGCAUGGUGUUUGGCUUAGACGACUGAUCCCUUCAUUUUCUGGCAGCUCAGACGGGAAAAGAAUUUGAAGAGCUGAAGUCAGCUAUCAAGAAAACCCCGUUAGGCAGGGCGAUCGAUGCAGAAUUGGUAUUUUCUCUCUUGAUGAGGUCAUCUGCUUGGGUAGCUGUGUCGAUUGUGGAAGUGGCUCUUGAUUUUAUACCUGUUCUUGGGUCUGUGUUUGGUGGAGCAAGUUCAUAUGUUGUCACAUAUCAUUUUCUGAAGAGCUUUCUUGAUGAUGCUGUGGAAGACGCCCAAAAUGUUCUAGCAAAAUUUCUUAAAUGAUCAGAGUCCCGGGGAAAGAUCCAAGACAGCUCCAAUCUCCCCUUUGAAGGAGGCAGUCAAACGUUUCAUCCAGAUGAAAGUAGGGGAAAGAACAUAAAAAUAUGCUUCAAAUAUUAGAACUACCUAUUUGCGUGCUUCUUUUAAUUAUUCUCUGAUUGAAAUACAUGCUUGAUCACCCUAGGAGAAAAUAAAUAACUCUGGGUGCAGAUUAUUCCAUAGGAAGGCAGAAAUUCAAUUAUAUAUCUUUAUGGUUUGGUGAGUGGAUUUUCUUUUCUUGUUUUUUCCCUUUUCUUUUUUCCCUGUUCUAUUUGUAACAAUUAUAAAUAAUAAAAGAGGGGAUGCUAUGGUAGUAAGUUGAAAAAAAUUAUAAUUCUUUUUUAAUGUUAAAACUAAUUCGGUGUACUCUGCUUAUCUUAUUAUUGUUAUCCUGUGCAUUGAUUGUAUAGCUUCAAUAAUUAUCUGUCAAUCUACAAUAUUCUUUUUGGAAAUAUAUAUCUUGUUGAAAUAAAAAAAAUAAACAAAGUUCUAAUUCAGGGCUCAGCUAAUUAAAUUUAAGGGGGAACCACUAGAGGAACUGCUAGAAGCCAUUGGACUAAACUACAUUUUAUCCACUCUAACAUUUGUUAACUCAUUUACAAACUGAGGAACAAAUACUUGGUGGGACUGAGAAGAAAGCAUCUGGAUGUUCCUUGGCUAAUUCAGUGUACUCUGCUUAUCUUAUUAUUGUUAUACUGUGCAUUGAUUGUAUAGCUUCAAUAAUUAUCUGUAAAUCUACAAUAUUCUUUUUGGAAAUAUAUAUCUUCUUGAAAUAAAAAAAGUGUCUAGAUGUUCCUUGGCUGAGAACAGGAGAGGUGAAGACUAUCUUAAUG